CUGGAGGGAAAAGACGCGAGCAGGAGCUGGAUCUGGUGGGUCCUCGCACCCCGGGUAGCUGACGCCCUGACUAACGGGCCAUUUGGAGACAAAACGCGCUCGGCUCUGUGCUUUCAAAUCUCGGUGCCGCUGGAAUAAACGCUCCCGCCUUUCCCUCGGUUGCCCUUUUAAGUGGGGGCUGCAGGGCGUCGGGAGUAGCACGAGGCAUCGGGAGGAAACCUUAGGAUUGGCCGAGGUCCCCGUCUGUAGACACUCCUCUCAUGCAAAAAGGGCCCUUCUGAGUGGAAGGAGGAGAAGGUAAACAGAGUUGAAUCACUCUCCCGGCUGACCAAUUGGGGGUGGAGGGGCGGAGGGGGGCUCGCUGGAAGAACCUUUUGCGUGAUGGGCUUCUGCGAAACUGGUCCUGAGCAGGGCUGUGCUGGAACAUUGAGGAGCCGUAGGCAAGGGGGGAGUGAGUCAGGCAGUGGGCAGAUCCAGCCUCAGCCUGUGCUGCUGCGUAGAGUCCUCACGCUUGGGCUGAUGUUUCAGCACCGCGCCUUCUGAGGAGUGUGUGAAUGCGCUGGAAAGCCUCGCGGAGCGGGGGCGGAGAAGCAAACGCAGCGGCGGCGGCGGCUUGGGUACGCGGAUUGCUGAGCUCUUCCCGAGCUCUUUUCGAUUUUCUUCUUUCCGUCCCCUCGCGGGGUGGGGAGGAGGAGGAGGAGGAGAAGAACAGGGAAAACUCCCUGCUGGUGCUAUUUGGAUUACUUGAAACCACCACUCGUGACCCUGUUUUCGGAAGAAGGGAGCUUUAUCAUAGUCCAGCCUCAGAAGGGUAUCCGGGAGUGCAUGACCCACGCGCAAAGCCUGACCGAUCUGGAGUUCUCCGGCGUCCGUGGAGAGGGGGCGCGGAAAACGACGGCGACCGAGGUCAAAAGGUAGGCUAGCGUGGUUCUCCUGGCUGGGAAUUCCGGAUGGUCGUGGUUAUGUAAACGCCGAGCCACGGCAGUGGAUUCCUCCUGGCUGCAACGGCACCCCACCCCACCCCACCUCCACCCGCGAUCCGCAGCCUGAAGGCAAGGCGACAAGCCGCCUGGCGCUCGUAACACCGUCACCCCACCUACCCACCCGGCCCGCGGAGGGGGAGAGGGCGGCGGCGGCGACAGGCAAGCAGCGCGGAAGAAGUUUUGCCCCGGGGCCCUCUUCCUUCUCCCCCGUCCCGCCCCUCCCCCUCUUAAAUUAUUACCCCGGGCGGAAGGGGGGCUGACGGUCGCCUGCAAGAUGUCAGCGGUGGCUUACGUGGACUUCGUGGCUGCCCAAUGCUUGGUGUCCAUUUCUAACCGCUCCGUGGCACAAUCAGACGUGACCCGAGAAGCCGAGGUCCUGAAGAUGCCCGAGGAGGAAGCCGCCGCCGUCGUGACCAAGGAAAUGAACGACCCCCGGGACGCCUGGAAGGAUUAUUGCACGUUGGUGACCAUCGCCAAAAGCUUGCUGGACUUGAACAAAUACAGACCCCUCCCCGCCCCUUCCAUCUGCAGUGACAGCGUGGAGAGCCCCGACGAGGACGUCGGGUCCGACAGCGACGUGACCACCGAAUCGGGGUCGAGCCCUUCCCACAGCCCGGCAGAGGGCCAGGAGGCUGGCCGCGGGCCCGGCGCCCUCGCGCUCCUGCACGGCGGAGGGCCGGCGAAAGGGAAGCUGGCCGCGGAAAAGAGACACAAGUGCCCCUACAGUGGAUGUGGCAAAGUGUACGGCAAGUCAUCCCACCUUAAAGCCCAUUACCGAGUGCACACAGGUGAACGACCAUUUCCUUGUACAUGGCCAGAGUGCCUUAAAAAGUUUUCCCGCUCUGACGAGUUAACAAGGCACUACCGAACCCACACUGGGGAGAAGCAGUUUCGAUGCCCACUUUGUGAGAAGCGGUUCAUGAGGAGUGACCAUCUGACAAAGCAUGCCCGUCGCCAUACUGAGUUCCACCCUAGCAUGAUCAAGCGAUCUAAAAAGACCAGCUCUGCCUCCUUUUGAGUGAAAGACUACAACUGGGGUUAGGGUGGGAGAUGUCCAUCAAUGAAAAAGGCAGAAUGGAUCAGCACAAAUAUGUCCACCACUGUACAGUAAAAUACAUGUACAUUUCCCCCUACUUGCAUUUUUAAAGCACAUGUAGCUGGAAAUUAAAAAAUUAACAUUUUGUUCUGUCCACCCUGCUGUGCUACCAACCACAGUCUUAAACCAGUGGCUCCUGGGUGGAUGUGGGGAGUGGGGGGCUGUAUGGGGAUCAGCAGAAAUAAUGCAACUUUUUAUAGUUUAAAGAAUCAACACUGGUGUGUGGGUGCAUGUGUGUGAACACAAACACACACACACAUAUGUAUAUAAAUUUAUGUGACUGGGUGAUUUGACCUGUGACACCACAGUAGUGAUUCCAAGCUCUUUGUGAUUGCUGUGUCAUGGACAUGUUUUGUUGACUAAUGUAAUGCUGCUUGUAUUUUAAAACAAAAAAACAGUUUAGUGAAACCACUUUCCAACUCACUUAAGUAUUUUUCAAGUAAAGCAAAACAAAAACAUCGUAGCACAUGAUAGAUGGAAUUUAAAUUUUCUCAGUGGUCCACCCUGUUCAAGACUGUUAAGGAAAAACAUGCAUCAUUCACAGUAUUGGAUUGGUGGAAGAAAACUGUACUUUUUACCAAGUUAUCCUUUGUGAGCUGCUCUUUUUUUCCAGUGGAAACAUGCACAGAAACCAAUUAUGAAACCAAAAGGAAAACAAGAAAUCAUCCGGCAUCAUACAUCAGAGGCUAUUCAUUGCCAUGUAGAAAAGAAAAAGUGCAACCUAAAUCAUACUAAAGAAAUGUGACAGAAGUAUGAGACUGAGUAUUUUUCCUCCUUUAGCUGUUCCUAGACUUUCAUCUGAAAAGCAACCACAUACUGUACUGUACUAUACAAUAUAAAUACCACUACCAGUGCUUUAUUCUGCUGGGUUUUGUUGGAAUGAAUGCAUAACAGCAGCAACCAUCUUGAUAAGCUACCACUUUUGUAAAAGUUUUGUUCUCUUACAAUUCUUUCUCUCUUUCUCAAUGGUGCAUUUUCUUCACCUUUCACCAGAAUUCUGUGUCAGCCAAUGGAACUAUGCGCAUUUAGGGUCGGUAGAGAACCUUUCCUUGUUUUGUUGUCUCCUACAGAAUGUUCUCUAUGCGGAUGAAGACAACGUACACUAAUUUUUUUAAACUACUUUUUAAUGGUCUUCUUUUUCAUAAAUUGCAGCUGUUGUACAGAGUCUGGGGAAAUCAAUAACAACCAAACUAACUGCAAGUAGUAAUUCAGACUCCAAUGCAGGAGGUGUGUGUCAAAAUACUUUUCGUGACAUAGCCUCACCACUAUGUACCUUGCAAUCUUAAUCCUCCGUAUCAGGCUUGAUACAGUUAAUGAUAAUGGCAAUAUUUCAUCUGUUUAAAAUGCUAUGGUUUGCUCUUCGGAACAGAGGCAACAACGUCAUUGGAGAAAAGCUCUUGCAUCUAGCCAAGCUGUCAUAUUUGUUAAUGUUGAAAGCAUGAACCUGAUGAAGGUUGUAAUUCAUGGACGUUCCCUCCCCCAUAUCUCGUAAUGGUGGAGAAUCAUGUUUACAGACUUCCCCAGCCCUGUCCUCGUCCUUGACUCUUCUUUCUCAUGAAGGAAGGAGUGGUGCAACUGUCCUACGUAGGGCUAAAUUUGUUGGUGAGGAAAUCACAUUGUAGCCAGAGGGAUUAUACCAGGAUCAGUUUGCCCAACUUUGUAAAGAAUCUGUACAUACAACUCUUGUAAAGUAUACCUGCUAUGACAGUAUCUUGUUCUUGUUUCAUCUGAUAGAAAGCUAGCUUCCUAGAAAAAUAAAAUAAAACAUCUCAGAGAGUAGAGUAUUCUACAAUUGUCUGUGGCUUCCAGCACUAGAACUCAGUAUGCAUCCAGCAUUUUUACCUGUGUGGUUCAUUAUAAAACCUGUCUAUGCGAAGAGAACAGCUUUUAAAUAAAGGUGUUGGGGCAAUGAACAACUUAUGGCAUUUCAGAAGUAAAAAGGGAUGAGUGUUCUUCAGUGAAGACAUGUCAGGAAACCAAGCACACUUUCUACCUCCGUUUCAACUUCUUGAAACGUUUGUUUUAUGAUAAACCAAAAUUAAUUUCUGGUGUCCAAAAUAAAUUGUAGGGAUGUUUGUUCUUCCUUAUAAAAAUAGGUAGCCUGGCUCUUUCUAUUGCUCUAGUUAAAGAAAAAAAAAGGAAGUAUUCUGCUUCAUCAGUACUGUUAAUGCUGCCUUGUUUAAUAAGGGUGAGGACUGUGUGGUAAGUCAGCAGCUCGCAACAUGGUAGUAUUCCAAUCGUCCUCCCUUUCUAUAUGAAACCAAUCCUUCAGAGCCUAAGCCCUAGUCUGAGUCCUACUAAACAGUUUGCCACAUCUUUACUGUUGCUUUGGUGUAGGACAAGUGCAGUUUUAGCAAAAGAGAGCUCCAAAGCUGAAUGCUGCUGUACCAAGCAGGUCACAGCACUUAAAUGGCACCUCCUUAUCAGGUCACAAAGGCACAUGAGAAUAAUCAGGUUUGGUGAGAUUAUGGUUAGGGCACAUGCCUGCUUCCUGACAGCUGUGGGCUUGUUCCUUUAUCUCACAUUACGUGACCACCUCCAGUCCACCUGAAGGUUCUAAGUUGGUCCCUUGGGCUAGAAAGUCCUAGACGGCCAAAUGGUGCUAAUCACGUUGCUCCCUUGUGGACUUCAGGUCAGGGUAUAGAAAUGGCUUUGCCUUCACCACACCAGCCAAACAAUUUGGCAUAAUAGUUUGCUGUGACCUAAUUGGCAGCAUAUAUUAUUUGAAAACGAAUCAUAGGAACUGUUCCUCUCAUUCCUAAAAGGAUUCUUAUGGGCAAAUCCAACCAUAGGAUGUAUAAAAUAAUGACUAGGUUGCUUUUCUUAACAGCUCUUCCAGCUAUAAAAAAUAGUGAUCCCUAAACACAUUUGGGAUUCACACUUACGAUAUUCUCAUCAUCAUAAUGAGGUGUGCACAAUCCUGCCUUCAUAGAUAAUUGGCAGUGUGUGUUAUUUCUAGAAUUGGAGUGGCCACCAGUUUGUAGUGAGUAGGUUGUCUGACGUAGGUAAACCCGUUACAUGCUGGAUGUCUCCACUAAUGUGUAUUGAGAGAUAAUAAACCUCCUAGCUUGGUAACCAUUAAACAUGUCAGAUCACCCACUUUCUGCAAACAGCCACAAGGUUCUUCAGCUAUGGUGCAGGGAAAGCAGCUGCCAUGAUAAACUUUUAAUUGGGGCCAUCUUGCAUACCAAUAGUUAGGCUACUGAUUGACACUGGCCUGCUUCCUAUAUUAGUUUUAGACAAUGUGUGCAUAACCAGGUCUUAAAGGGCUGGUCUGGAAUUUGACAGCAAACAAAGUUGAGGAUCUUGGACAUGAUUUGUCUGCUGCGUAAGUUGUGUAAGACAAUUGAUUUGCAGGGAAGAAAGGAAAAACAGGUGCUUAAUUCUUACCCACUCACAACUUUCUUCUCAAAUAAAUCUCCCUCAGGCUGAAUCAGUUGGCAAUUUGGGGAGAAAUUGGGCAGGAUUAAGCAUGUAUAGUACCACUGCUUGUCCCAGUAAACUGUUUUCACUUUGCAGCAGAAGCAAGGAUUUCUUCAACCAUGCUUGCUGACAAAUGCACCCAGGUCCACUAUAUUUGUUAAAAUGUUUUAUGUGGGGAAUGUAACCACAUGCCUGUGCCCCAGAAAAGAGAUGUAUGGCUCAAGCAUCCAGGAGUUCCAUGAGGUUACUCUCAGAAGCAGAAGACUGUUUCUUAGAUGGUUAAUCUCCACAUGCUUACUUGAAAGCAACUUCAAAUUAAUGAAACUCACUUUCAAGUAAAUCUGGUAAGCAAUGGGAUGUAAAAUACGCUUCUUAGGAGUCUUCCAAAAGUAACAUCUACCCAAGAAACUACCCAAAGUUUAUUAACCACUAACAAAACAAUAAAAUAGGACAAGUUUGUCAGCUUUGGUGUAAGAGUAAGCAGUGAAUUUCACUUGCAAAUCUGACACUGCAGUGAAAUAGGUUGUAGUCUUUUAACAAAUAGGAAUUCGAGAAGAGGCUACAGCAGGUAUUGACAAGAAUUAAAAAUCAAGUUCUUGGUGAACACAUUUGCCACGCCACUCUGGAAAUUCUUAAAGAGUGCUGACGUGAAAGCGGCUCCUCUCCUCCGUUCAGAAAGACCUUCCUAGAGAAGCCAUGGCUUUAAACUAUAGCUAUACAACAUCUUUUGUGAACAAUUUUGAUGACUUCUAUACAGGUCUCUCCUCUGUCGAUGGACUAAGCCCAGUAUGCACCAGACAUAUUUUUCAAAUGCUGUUUUAUUGCAGGUUAACAAAUCUGUAACACUGUAAAAUACCAAUCUUUACAACUUUAAUCCAUUUUAUUUUUGUACAGUAUUCGUAUCCUUUCUAAGUUAUUUUGCUGUCCUGUUUUGUAAAUCAUAUGAAAUUGUAAAAAAAAAAGAAAAAAAGUAAAAGUAAAAGUAGGAGUAGAUGUUUUUGUACAUAUGUAUAUAAAAUGUCCAAAUACUUAAAA